CCCCCCUGCAGUGUCUACGGCUGUCCCGUGGCUAAGAAGAGAAAAGGGCUGGACAGGCCGCCGCCGUCGCCCUCACCCAAGAGCAACAACUACCUAGACGCCAUGGACAACUCCACGAUGGAGGAGUGCUACGAGUCAGAUGGCACUGAGGAGAUGGAUGGCCCAGAGGGAGAGGGAGGAGAGGAGGAGGAGGAGGAGGAGGAGGAGGAGGAGGAGGAACGGGAAGAAGAAGAAGAAGAAGAAGAAGAAGAGGAGGAGAAGGAGGAGGAGGUGGAGGAGGAGGAGCAGCGGUUGUGGAGGAAGAAGAGGGGGGAGGCGGAAAUGGAGGAGGAAGGGGAAGAGGAGGAAGAGGAGGAGGAGGAAGGGUACACGGACUACAACGAUGCCCAUAUGGAGGCCGGGGAGGUGGAGAGGGGGCCUGACGCAGAGGAGGAGGAGGAAGAGGAGGACGUAGAGGUGGAGCAAGGAGACGAGGAGGAGGAGGAGGCGGAUGAGAGGGUGGAGGAGGAGGAGGAAGAGGAGGAGGAGGAAGAAGUGGAGUAUGAGGAUGACGAGGAGGAGGAAGAAGAGCCCAGGAGUCAUCGACAAGGGGACGAUCUGAUGUGCGGUGGCGGGGGAGGAGGAGGAGGUGGCGGCGGCGGCGGCAGCAGCAGCAGCCACAGCAGCAGCAGUGGCUCGAGCCGUGCUGAGGGAAGCGAAGGCAACCACGUCGCCCGUGGCAACCACAGAGACGGCGCCGACAGUGGAAACCCCCGACAGGGCCCCAUGCCGGAGAAGGACGACAACAACAACGAGAACGAGUACGAGAACUACGACGAGUUGGUGGCCAAGUCGCUGCUCAACCUGGGCAAGAUCGCCGAGGACGCCGCCUACCGCGCCAUGACCGAGUCGGAGAUGAACAGCAACUCCUCCAACAGCGCCGAGGAGGAGGAAGACGAGGACGACGAAGAGGAGGAGGAGGAGGAGGAGGAAGAGGAGGACGAGGAAGAGGAGGAGGAGGAGGAGGAGGAAGAGGAGGAGGACGAGGGAGAGGUGCCGCAGAAGGGCGAUCUCAGCCUGGACGUGGACAGCGACGUGGUGCGGGAGACGGUGGAUUCGCUGAAGCUGUUGGCGCAGGGCCACGGCGCCAUGCUGUCCGACCACCUGGACGGCCAGGACUACGGGGACGGCUUCGGGGAGAACGGUGAGAUGCACGGCGAGUACGCGGGGGGGCGGGGCAUGGGACACCCCGGCGGGCAGGCCAAGGCCGCCGGCAACGGGCCGGGCGGCGAGGACAGCGACGAGGAGGUGUGCCUCAGCAGCCUGGAGUGCCUGCGCAACCAGUGCUUCGACCUGGCGCGGAAGCUCAGCGAGACCAAGAGCGCCGACCGGGUCCCGGGCCACGGCCAGCUGAGCCACUACGGCGGCGGCGGCGGCGGCGGCGACGGGCACCACCCGGCCCAGCACCACCCGGGCUACGAGGACUUCCAGCAGAGCCACGAGGAGCGCCGGACGCUGGACAGGAACUACUCGGACAUGGUCAACCUGAUGAAGCUGGAGGAGCAGCUGAGCCCGCGCUCCAAGGGGUUUGCCAGCUGCGCGCAGGACGACCGCUACCACGGCAACCACAGGGACUUUGACGAGGACACCACGUCGGUGACGUCGGACCGGUCGGAGGAGGUGUUCGACAUGACCAAGGGCAACCUGUCGCUGCUGGAGAAGGCCAUCGCCAUGGAGUCGGAGCGCGCCAAGGCCAUGCGGGACAAGAUGUCGGCGGAGGCGGCCCGGCGGGACGGCGUGCGGUACAGCCACGAGGAGCACGGCUCGCGGCACGGCUACGGCGUGGAGCGCAAGGCCCGGCUACCGGACGGCAUGAAGAAGCCCUUCUACCACAAGGAUUCAUCCCGAGCAGAUAAGAAGGAGAGUCGAUGUCCGACGCCGGGCUGCGACGGCACGGGUCACGUGACGGGCCUGUACCCGCACCACCGGAGUCUCUCCGGCUGCCCCCACAAAGACAGGGUCCCGCCAGAAAUUCUGGCUAUGUAUGAGAAUGUGCUAAAGUGUCCCACGCCCGGAUGCACGGGACGCGGACAUGUCAAUAGCAACAGAAACUCCCACCGAAGUCUAUCGGGAUGCCCGAUCGCUGCAGCGGAAAAACUAGCCAAAGCCCAGGAGAAACAUCAGAGCUGUGACGGAGGCCCCAAGUCCAACCAGUCCUCAGACCGAGUCCUAAGCAACAGCACGCCCCGAUCCAACCUGGCCAAGGAGCUGGAGAAGUACUCCAAGACCAGCUUCGACUACAGCGCCUUCGAGGGCGGAGGAGGCGGAGGAGGCGGGCAGCACGUGUACGGCAAGCGGGCCAUCGCGCCCAAGGUCCACGGUCACCGGGACUCCUCGCCAAAGGGCUAUGACGCCAAGCGCUACUGCAAGAACUCCAGCUCUGCUAGCAGCACCACCAGCACCUACGCCCCCAGCAGCAGCAACAGCAGCAUCCUGAGCUGUGGAGGCGGUGGGGGUAUCCUGGGACUAGGAGGAGGAGUAGGGGGAGGAGGAGGGGGAAUAGGGGGUGUCGGAGGAGGAGGAGGAGGAGGAGGAGGAGGAGGAGGUGGAGGAGGAGGAGGAGGAGGAGGAGGCAGCAGCGCUAGCAGCACCUGCAGCAAGAGCAGCUUCGACUACUCCCAUGACAUGGAGGCCGCGCACAUGGCUGCCACCGCCAUCCUCAACCUGUCCACUCGCUGCCGGGAGAUGCCCCAUGGCCUGGGCCCCGCCAAGCCCCAGGACCUCUGCUCGCAGAGUCCCGGCCUAGACAUUGAUGAGAACGGUACGUUGGACCUGAGUGUGAGCAAGCGGCUAGGCGUUGGUGGCAUCGGGGCGGUACUCACCCCUCUAGAGCCCAUGUCCCCCCACAGACAGGCUGCCCUGCUGGGCUCCCGCUGCUACAGCAUGGGAGACGCAGCAGACUGCUGGGAGCUCCCCGUAGACUACACCAAGAUCAAACGCAUAGACGAGGACGAGAAAGAGACGGACGACCUGGACCCCUUCCACGACCUGCUGGAUGAGCGGUCGUACUCCACAGACGUCAGCAUGCCCAGCCCCAAGCCCAAGUACGGCCAGUGCAAGGAGAGCAAGAAGGACCUGAUCACUCUCUCAGGUUGUCCGCUAGCUGAUAAGAGCAUUCGAAGUAUGCUGGCCACCAACGCACAAGAGCUCAAGUGCCCGACACCGGGGUGCGACGGUUCGGGACAUAUCACUGGCAACUACGCAUCACACAGAAGUCUCUCAGGUUGUCCACGGGCGAGGAAGAGCGGGAUCAAGAUAAUCCACAGCAAGGAGAACAAGGAAGACCAGGAGCCAAUCAGGUGCCCGGUGCCGGGCUGCGACGGCCAGGGUCACGUGACGGGGAAGUACGCCUCGCACCGCAGCGCGUCGGGCUGCCCCAUCGCCGCCAAGCGGCAGAAGGACGGCUACCUGAACGGCAUGCAGUUCACGUGGAAGGCCGGCAAGACGGACGGCAUGUCGUGCCCCACCCCCGGCUGCGACGGCUCGGGGCACGUCAGCGGCAGCUUCCUGACGCACCGGAGUCUUUCGGGCUGUCCACGUGCCACCUCGGCCAUGAGGAAAGCCAGACUCUCGGGGGUGGAAAUGCUCACAAUAAAACAGCAGCGAGGCAGCAACGGGUUGGAGCACGAGGAGGAUAUUAAACAGCUAGACGACGAAAUCAAAGAUUUAAGUGAAUCGAAUUCACAAGUGGAAGCCGACAUGAUCAAACUUAGGACACAGAUUACAACGAUGGAGUCCAACAUGAAGUCGAUAGAGGAGGAUAACAAGAAACCAUUGGUACACAAAGAAGCUGCCAUUAGAAAUAACAGCUGCUUACAGAUGCACCAACGAGACCCGAUCAGCGAUCAGAACUUUGACGCAUACGUGACAACACUAACGGAUAUGUACUCGAACCAAGACCAGUACCAGACUGCAGAAAACAAAGCCCUUUUGGAAAAUAUCAAGCAAGCUGUUCAAGGAAUCCAAGUGUAGCCAAGCUGCAAUUUGGGAAGAGGUGUUUUUUGGUUGUUGGAUUAUUUUUUGCUUCGUUUUUUUCCUAUUCCUCAGACAGUUGUGAUUGGUGUCUCAAAGUCUGCAGGCAAGCUAAAAGUAUUGGUGACCAUGUCUUUGUGACAAGGUGCGCCAACUUAUCAUAUAGUGUUAAUAUAUAUACAUAUAUAUAGUACCUUUUGUUCUUUCAAAAAAAUGAGGUAUUAUGCUCGGACAGCCUCAAUAAUUUCGUUUUUUCGUUUUCUUUUUGGGUCUUGCUUUUGCGAUGAAAAAAGUUCAGCGACAAAAAUAGUUUUUGAGGACAUUCACAUUUUUGUACGUUUUCAUAUGAGCUGACAUUGUGUCAUGUAAUGUUUUUAGCUGCUCAUGUAUGCACAUUUUAGUGUAUAUUUAUGAACAGUAAGCUAACAAUUAUAGGACGCAAAUUCCUUUUUAUUGCUUGUCGACGAAUCAUUUUAGACGAGAAGCUGAGCUGGACAGUGAGAGACAUUUCCAAACUACAAGCACGGAGGAAUCUACUCUUUUUUUUUUUCCCUCUCCUCAACAGAUCUUUUUUGAAUUGAUGAUUUUAGGUGUUUUGUUCAUCUUGUGUGUAGAAUUAUUAAGAAGCCAGAACCUGUUUGCAAAUUGCUUUAUUUUUUUCGGACGAUAUUCGAGAAAUGUUGUUUUUUUUGUUUUUCAUUUUGCAAACAAACAAAUGAAAAAAAUGGAUCUGUAGCUGUAGGUGGGGGCAUUUUUAAAUUGGUGCUGCGUCUGGGAAACGACAAACUGACCUGAUGUAUGUAUGAAUGUAUGUAUGAACAGUUUUUUGUAGACAUCAUUACACGGAAACCAGAUGGUGAAAACCCUGUUAUCCAUGAAGGGAAAAAUUUUACAGAGUAACAAAAAAUAUAUUAAAAAAAAACAUCUGUGGUGGUGCAUGCAAGUUCACCACACUCAUUGUGGCAUAAUCAAAAACUAAAGUUAUAUGUAAUAACAUUAGCUUAUAGAGAAAUGUUCUAGGCUCCCUAGAAUUAAUUCUGUUCAAUUUCAAGAUGUUCAUUGCUAGAAUCAAGACCCUUUCUCAGCAAUAUGAUAAUUAAAAUCAUUUGUUUAUAAUAUAAGUAUGAGAUGCAAUCUGCAAAGGGACGUAAAAAGUUUGGGUAUAUGCAAUUUCUUGUUUAUAAACAACGGGGUAACAUGAGUGUUUUUAAUAUAGCCUAUGUAAAUUAUUGAUUUUUAUACAAAUCUUUUAAUACGAAAAAAAAGCCUUUUUAAAAAAACAAGAGGGGAAAUCUUGGACGUUCGGUUUUUCGAAGCGAAAGUAUAUGAGUUCCAAUUUCUUUCUGUACGAUUUUGCACAGGGACACCUUCGUUUCCAUGUUUUGAUGUUCUUACAGAAACUAAAAACAAGUACCCAAGAGCCUAAAAAAAAUAGGGAGUGUGGAGGAGGGUUUUGUAAAGAGUAUUUAUAGAGAAUGACAGCGGGACUUACAGGGUCACUGUCCCCACUUAUGUGCCAGUAGACUUAUUUGCACUUGUCCUUGAAGAUAUUAUCCUAACGUGUGGCGGUGUGCAAUUUUUUUUUCCCAGGUGACCUCUUUGGCACAGAAUUUGAGCAACGUACUGCAAGUAGCCACUGUAGGCGUUGGGUGGGUACCACGGAACCAGGAAGAACAGGGACUUAGCGGGGGAAAUAGUCGAGGAGAAAUUAGAAUCAUAGCAGUUAUAAUGUAGGCUAUUAUCAACUGUACAAAAUAAAAUCCUUCUUUCUUUCUUUUGUUUUCUUUAUUUUUUAUUUUAUUUUGCUUUUUUUGUUUAACUAUAUUUUUAGAAGGCGGAAGUUAUGCCCCAGCAGCACUUUAUAUCUAAUCACUGUACAAAGGAUUAAAUAAUCAAUCAAUUCUAGGUAUAAACAAAAAAAAAACGAAGACGAGGGCUUGUUCUCCCAGGGCAGGGGAAGCAAUCCCUCCAGACGGGAAGGGGGUGAUACAUCCAGCAUCGACGCCCAUAUGCCUGACUGUAUGCGCCCCUCCGUACUAUUUGUGCUAGUUGUUAGCGAUCAUGUUUGGAAACUUUGCCUUUUUUGAGAGCUAAUGCAAAAGGUGCUCGUUGUUCACCUUAUUGAAAUUCAUCUAUUGUACUUUACCGUCCUCUUUCAGGACCCCUCUCUCUCUCUCUCUCUCUCUCCAUCCACCAUGACUGCAUUGCGCCUUUUUCCACAGCCUCAUGACAGCAGCUUUUCGCCAAUAUAGUGAUGCUUUCAGUAGAGUAUAGCUAGUACCAGUUAUUUUUUUUAGUUCUCAUUAACCUUAACAAUGGACAAAGGGGACUGUUUAAAGCACAAGCCAGCUGCUUAUCUGGUGUUGGUACAUGGGUAAAAAAAAUAAUUUUUGGUGGUGGAUGUGGUGGGGGAGAUGAGUUAUCUCCUUGACUCUAUAAGGAACACAAAAAGGGUUGUCACAUAUUUAGAAUGCUGACCUUUCAUAUAAAUUAAUGUGAAUCCAUCAGAGUUUAUGACUUUAUUUGAACCAGUUCAUUUUUGAGUUGAUUUUGGUGAUCAUUGACAAAGACGGGGUUUUGUAUAAACUAUUGUGCUCUCUGUGGAACUGACAGUUUGAUUUAUUUUUGUACUACACAGCAUGAAUUUGUUGACAUUUUAAUUUUGCUAUAAAUGUGUGAGAUCACAAGUUGCUGUGAUAUUUCAUUUAUAAAUUGUGAACUUUGUACAAUUUUUGUCAUGCUGGAUGUUGACACAUCUUACUCUGAAUAAAGAAAACAAUGUGUUGCCACAGACCUGUAAAA